GAGGCUAGAAAUGGAACUUUCAAGACAAGAAGGAGAGAUGCCACUUCCAAUUAACAGUACAUAUGGUGGGGGACAUGGUCAUGGGCAGGGGCACAUGAUCCAUAAUGACCCUGCACCCCACAAUCACAUUAUACCUUCGUCAGCACCCCAAAUACCCUCCAAUGGCCCCAUAUCAACAACACUGGAGGACCUUGUGCCCUACAAGAAAAUGGUCAGGUAUAGGGAGUGCCUCAAAAACCAUGCAGCUUCCAUGGGUGGGAAUGCUACAGAUGGGUGUGGUGAGUUCAUGCCCAGUGGAGAAGAGGGUACCCUACAGGCCCUCACAUGCUCAGCCUGUAACUGCCACAGAAACUUCCACAGAAAAGAGAUAGAAGGUGAGGCCUCUUCAUAUGAUUGCUACCACAAUCACCCCUAUCCCAAUAGGGUUGGAAGGAAAGUCAUUUUGGGUCAUCACAAUACCAUUUUGGGACCGGAGGCUUUGAGACACCACCCUACCGGAACACUUAUACCUUUCGGAUCAGCUCCACCACACCACAUGAUAAUGUCUUAUAAUAUGGGUUCUCUCCCUUCAGAGUCUGAUGAGCUAGAGGAUGGUGGUGGUGGUGGUGGUAGUGGAGGUGGAGGUAGUGGUGGUGGGUUUGCGGCCAGGCCACAUCAGCUGGUGAAGAAAAGGUUCAGGACAAAGUUUACACAGGAGCAGAAGGAGAAAAUGCUGAACUUUGCUGAGAAAGUUGGGUGGAAAAUUCAGAAGCAAGAGGAAGCAGUGGUGCAGCAAUUCUGCCAAGAAGUUGGAGUCAAGAGAAGAGUCCUUAAGGUUUGGAUGCACAACAAUAAGCUCAAUCUAGCCAAGAAGAACCCCUCCACUUCUCAAAAUCCAAUUUAGCAAAGACAACAAUUUUCUCUUCCAUCUUUAGCUUAAACUAUCCCUCGUCCUUCUCUCUUUCUCUUUUGAACAUUUUUUUUCCCUGGGUCUGCUCGUUAUGGUAUCUUCAUAUUGAGAAUAACAUUGGUUAUGUAAUGUAGGUUAAGGAAAUUAGAUUUGUUAGAUUUCAGUUGUGAGUGGUGUUGUUGUCCAAUCCAUUCAUAUGGAUUGGAUGCAGAUACCCUUUUGAGAAUCUCUUAUGUAUGACAUUUCUAAUCUUAAAGAG